CCUGUAGCGGCUGCGGGAAAACGCGUCGGAACGUCGCGUUACGUGCACGACAGUUAUUAUCGUCAAGAUAAUCCCCGCACCUUUUUUAUCGUCGACACAGCGACCGCCGCGACACCGUAGCUUUCUGUUUGCAAUUUUACACGAGCGACUUUGUACAUGCGUGUGCGUGUGCGCGUCAGAGAGGCGCGGGUGUAUCGCCAGUGACGUAUUUUUCUCUGGUCUCUUUCUCUCUCGGUGUGGGCGUGCGCGGCUCCUUGGUCGCGCGAUUUCUUACGAGUGAGAUAACAGGAGCAAGAAGAAUAUAAAGGAAGGUGGAGACGGCGAAGAGAUGAUUCGAUUGGAAGUUGCAGCGUGAGAAGACGCGGCGGUCUUGUUGUGAUGGAUGCACGGGAAGAUGCGCGGAGGGUGGACCACCCACCGGACGGAGUCGAGAGCGAUUGACUGGAGAACGCGUCGAUCUCUCAUCGCGGCUCAAAUUGCGCGCGCUUCAGCUUCAGCAUGGAGCGGCGGGGCGGAGAGGCGCGGCCGAAGAUCGAGAUCGUGCGCGUCUCGUCCAUCGAGCGCAGCAACUUCCGGCCGUUGGACGGGGUGCAGCUGCGCGCGACCUACAGCCACGUGCGCGUGGGGACUUACUGCCCGGAACCGGAAGCCAGACUGGCCGAGAGCAAGCCGCCGAUCGAGCAGCAAGCACGACGCUUCAAGAAAAACUUGGGACCAGUAUCAAGACUGCUGAGACGUCGUCAUCAGGCGACAUGCCUUGCCACCAAAUCCUGUGAUAACAUUUAUAGCGUGAAUAGAAAUAGUAAUUCUCUGGAUUGGAGGGUCGGCCAGAGCGCCAACGAGCAAGGUUUGCAAGCCAGACAGAGCAGCAGCCUGGACUGGAGGGUAGGACGGUCCGUCACUUUCGGUUCCAACAGGCUUCAUUGGCGGGACGCGACGCGAAGCGCCGAGCAGCUUUCUCGGAGCGCGCCUCUCACUUCCGAUCAUCUCCAGACGCCGAGCACGAGAUCGAAACUUGUGUCGUUGCUGAGGCGACUUUCUCCACGCCUGUCCCGUCCCGGAAGCAAGGGCUCCCUGCAAUCGUCACCGACGAUUUGUCCCUGGGUCCAAGUCGAAUAUUCGACGGAAUCGAUCGAGGGCGGCAGGCGGGAGGAGUCGCAGGAGAGCGACGCCAGCUUCCAGCAGGAGCUGCAACUGAACGAGCUGCGGAAACGAAUGGCUGGGAUCGCCUCCACGUCCCAGGUCACCACGAAGGCGGUCAAGGAUGGCGCGGGACAACAGAGCUUUCCGCGACCCAGGAUUCAAGUGCAGGAACCCGAUUCCGAGUGCAAUCACCACGUUCACAGAGCGUAAGCCUCGCUUUUCUUUCUAUAUCUCUUUCUCCCGAGACCUUUCCUUGCACCAACCAGUUGCACGAGUUGCAAGAUCUUAGGACUGGCGGAGAAUAGCGAGAUUCUGAGUGAAAAGGUAUUUGAAGCGUCAGAAUUACAUGUUUUCUCAUCACGUGCACAUGUUUUUAAUUGAUCCAAUUUCUUGCUCUCUAAUACACGUAUCACUCACAUUCAAUGAUGACCGAAAAGGAAGUUUCUGCACUGAGAAAAAGAUACUUGAAAAUGUAUUUGUGGGAUACAAAGUUCAUUUAAUGAAAUGAACUUUAUAUCCCACAAAUAAAUUUUCAAAAAAUUUUUUUCAGCGUGGUAUACUGAGAAAAUAUAUCUAAAAAGUA